AUGCAGUUGGAUGAUGUUAUGAAAGAGUUGAUCAAACACCUGGAAGAUUUGGAACUAUUAACAACAGAUACUCAACUAUACAAGGCUGAUGAAGUAUGGGUCAGACUGCUUGCAUUGCUACAGGAGUUGAAACAACAGGACUACACACUUACAGAGUAUUGGAUUGGAAGAUAUCAUAACCAAGCGAUAAAAACAUGUAAAAAGUUGUACAAACAUAGACGCUGGAGUGAGGAGGAUGGAUUUGACAUCAAGCCAAUGGUCGAGAUUAUUGUUCACGAAUCUGAUCGAGAAGUGCUCACAUUGGCAAUUGACCUGUUCUUGCAAGUUUGUCAUGAUAUUGAUGAUGGAAAUUUUGGCAUCGUGUUGUCAAGACUUGUUUCACGACUGGAAUCAUCCAGUGGUUCAGUUGCUGUUGGGUUUAUCGAAAAUCUUAAAACCAUGUAUUGGAAGAUCCAUCGUCAUGACCCAGUAAAAGCAGCGGGAUGCGGUGUCAUUCCAGCAAUAGUCAAUACGCUCAGGAGUGUCGAUCAAGAAGUGAUUGAUCAAAGUAUUGAAAUUAUCCAUAAUUUUUCCAGCUAUGUAAAUUGUGAAGCAAUUGCAACCGAGUUGAUAAGGUCGGGUUUGAUUCAAAUGCUUAGCGACUUGUGUAUCAAAUACAGCAACGACUUUGCAUUAAAAACACGCAUAAUCAAGAUGGCUGGAUCAGCUGCGUCCAAUAUGCGCGACUUUCCUGUAUCGCUUGUACGAUCGUUGGUUUUUGAGCAAUUGACGAUAUCGAUGUGCAAUCUCAAUAUGGGUGACCCUUUGUACCUGUUUGAAUAUGUCAACGACAUGAUUCAGAAAUAUACAAACAAUGACGAGAUGAUCAAGGUGUUUCGAGAAUAUGGAAUUAUGCAGCAACUCAUCACUAUUUAUUCACGUAGAUAUCUAUGUUUGUAUGAUUAUGAUAGUGGUGACACUAGUAUUGUAAAACUACUCAAAACACUUGUUGAUUUUGCCGACAAUCAUCCAGACAGUUCAAUAUGUACCGAGUUGGAACAAGGCGAGAUGUUUGAAAAUCUAAUGGAUAUUGUAGAUUUGAAUACUGACUGCAAUGGAAAAAGCAGAAGGGUUGCUGGCCAGAUCAUUGAAACGUGUUUCCAGCAUCGGGUUCAUGUUGCUAAUUCGAGCAUUUGGCCAUACAACGACAAUGCCGAAAUUUAUAUGAAAUCUGGAAUGGCUGGGUAUGCACAUGGAGAUGCACGCACACUUGUCGAAAUGCAAUAUAUCCAGUAUCUGCAAUGUAUACUUUGCAAACCCAUGUGGUGGAUCGAUAUCACAAACCAGCAUAUUGUGGAGCAAUGGAAGGCUGACUCACUCGAUCAGAAUAUAUCACCAUCAACAUUUAAUCUUGCAUUGGAACAACUCGGAGUAGUAUAUAAAUAA